UAAACCACCAGCCACCGCCUACUCUUCGAUUCCCCUCUCGCCCGUCUCCAAUCACUCGAAAAAAAUUCCCCAAUCGCCGCCGCCGCCACUGCGGAACCCUAGCCCCCGCGCGACCUCCAAUCGGGACGCCUCCUCCGGCGAAACCCGCUGCUCCGGGCCGCCACGCUUCGGAAGCGGUUGUACUCGGCGUCCCCGUCCAAGCUCUUCGAUCGCGUCCUGCAUCCGGCGACCUCGUCAGGAUUCGCGACGCGCAGAUCCAGAAAGGCUUCGACUACUACGUGCUGCUUCGACUCCGUGCUCGUUGAAGGGAUCCGGGGGCCGCCGUCGCCGACGUCGAUCGCCUUAGAUCGGAUCCGAUUUGUAACUCUCUACUGUUGCAAUUCUGUAUAUUUAAUCUGAGAAAUUUGCCAGCCGUCUCGAAAAAAUUGUGCAAAAGAGAGGCGGCAGCACAAAAGAGACUCAGUCAUGGGUGUUGUGUAUUACAAAUAUAAGAGUGCAAAGGAAACAUAUUCUGUGCCAAUUCCCUAUUCUUUUAUAUCUGUUUCUGAACUCAAGCAGCUCAUCUUGACGAGUAACCGUCAUGGCCAUGGCCGUACCCGUGGCCGAGGUCCCAGGGAGGAUAUCGCCAUCUCCAACGCCCAGACUGGCGAAGAAUAUGCAGAUGAAAAUGCCAUGGUACCACAGAACGUAACUGUUCUGGUCCGCCGAACUGCCGGACAAAUGUCAGAGAAUAUCGUAUUGUUCUCCUCGCGGAUAGUUAUAGAGGAUGGUUCUGUGGCUUCAAACAAAUCAGUAAUUACUGAAUCCGCUUCAAAAUCUUGUUCCUCCACAGAAGUGCAAGAUGAAGAUGCUGCAAUCGCAGCUGUGAUUUAUGCAGCUGAACUCAAAUGGGAAGAGCAAUCUUCUAAGAGAGGGCAAGGUGGUGGAAGGUUUACAUCUGGACGCCAUUAUGGUCAUGGGCCGCUGGAAGGGGAGGCACCUCCACCAGGCUAUGUGUGUCGCAGCUGUGGAGUACCAGGCCAUUUCAUUCAACAUUGCCCACAGGAAAACCAGAAACCUCCACCUGGCUACACCUGCUUCAGAUGCCGAAUUCCAGGGCAUUUUAUUCAACAUUGCCCAACCAUUGGUGAUCUCAAAUUUGACAAUUAUAAUAAAGUGUCUCGUUCGCUUGCCCCGGUUGUAUCUGCAAAUCCUGUUGAUGGCAUUCCAUCUGCACUUGCCCCAGCUGCAUCUGUGAGUGUUGUUGAUGACUUGCCAGCAGAACUCCACUGCCGACUAUGUAAUAAGGUGAUGGCAGAUGCGGUGUUAACAAGCAAGUGCUGCUUCGACAGUUUCUGUGAUAAAUGUAUUCGGGAUUACAUUAUCACACAAUCGAAGUGCAUUUGUGGAGUCAAGGUGCUUGCAGAUGACCUCAUUCCCAAUCACACACUUAGGAGCACAAUCAGCAAUCUAUUAGCAACUAGGACUAGCAGCACUACAAGUGGUACAGGGAAGCACAGAAGUUCUUCAGGAAGCAACCCUGAUCCCAAAUCACAGAGCCACAUCACUUCUACUGCCUUGGAAAGGGAUAUGAAGCAAUGCACGGAUAACCAGCUAUCAUCGGCUUCUCCUGAUGGUGGUGUUCAGGUUGCCACAGAAGAUAAUAAAGUGUCCUGGGCUCAGGAAAAUUUGGAUCAGAAGAGCAAAGCUGAAGACUCUGCAAGAUGUUCAGUGCAAAAGGCUGUACCAAGUGCGAAUGCCCUCAAACUGAAGGACGUAAGCGAAUCAACUUUGAAGAACAGUACUAUUUCAGGGGCACUUGAAGCAAAAGUUGCUAGAACUGAUCAACUGAAGAAGAAGCGAAAGAAGGCAGACUCAACGAAGAUUGUUCAUUCAAACAAUGCUAACUAUGGCUACAACGUUCCAUUUGACCCAGCAUAUUCCAACUCUGGGUACAACGUUCCAUUUGACCCAGCAUAUUCCAACGCUUUCAACAGUGGAUAUCCUUGGGUAACCGAACCUUACAUGUACGGUGCAAUGGGCAUGGCCUAUGGCGGCUACCCUAUGGGUCCAUUUGGUGCCAAUCCCUUUGGCAAUAUUCCACCGCAGGCCCUUGCAAUGCAAGGCUAUCCAGCAAGCUAUCAAAACUGGGAGAACCAUUCUGCACUACAACGUGAAGCUGAAACUUCUGCACGUUCGAGGCAAAUCGGGAUGUCAAAAGACUCCGCUCCUCAGCCCCGACCAUCAGAGCACAGCCAUCGUUUGGCCUCUCCUCUCCGCAGAGAGUCUAGGAACAGAUCUCCUCUCAACGCAGAAUCCAGGAGCAGAUCUCCUCAUCGCAGAGAGUCCAGGAACAGAUCGAGGUCAAGACCGGAGAGGGACCAUGGGCGUUAUGACCGAGAUUCCAACGACUAUGAUGAAGAUCACCAAAGUAGGAAGAGAAUACGCCUAUCUUCUCCAAUGGAUGAUGAUAAACAGAGCAAGCGGAGGUCCAGACAUAGUUCAAGCGACGAUGAGCAGAAUUUCAAGAGGCAAUGGGGACGAAGAUCAUCAGUCAUCAUGGCCACAAGGUCCUGAAUAAAGCGGGAGAAUUUCUUGCAGCAUUGCUGAUGUCCGAGGCAAGACUUGUUUCACUAUUCGUGAUUGUAUGUCUCAGGAAGCGAGGAUGACUGAAAGCAGAGGGCAACUGUUUGCCUCUGGCAGAAUUAUAGUUAUUAUAAUAACUAUUGUUAUACCAGAUUGUAAUAUAUGAGCGUUUGCACUUCCCAGCUCUCUUCCUCUGUAAUGCAAUUCUUACCAAGAUAAAUAAAAUUAUCAUUGUGUUCUGAGUUA